GCCACAGCCCGAAGCUAGACAACCCGUAGCACGAAGCUGAUUCGAGCUGCGUUUUCAAGGUUGCGACCUGUGAAUCGCGAAGGCCGACAGUCCCCGGGCAGCUCAAUAAUCCCAUCAGCUGAUUUUCAUAAAUAUUACCCUCGAACAAGUGGCAAAAUAAGAAGGUGGUCGUGCACGACGGAGGGCACAUGUGCGACGCAGAUACCUGGCUUGACGUUGCGGAUUUGACGGCUAGUCAGUGAAAAGUCGCAAAAAAUGAUCGACACGACACUAGAAGAGGACCUGCCCGAGGAAUUUAGAGGAGGAACUUUAAGACUGAACUCUGAACACAAGCAGAUUGAUCCACCCAGAUCGCCGAAUCCCAUCAGCGGUGAUAAGGACAAUGAGGUGCAAGGCCAGAAUAACUGCCAUUGGAGAAAUGCAUUUAUUGCGCCUUUAUCAUCCAUACCUAAACAGAUAUCGGAAUCGAUUUGGAGCUCCAAAGGUAGCAAAGAUGUGCCACCCACUCCAAACGAGGACAUCGAGAAAAGUUUGCAGCCUUCAUUCGUCGUAAAGGAAAAUCCCAACAACUUUUUCACCUUCAGGGACGGAGUGGUGGAUAGAGCUGUUAGGGAAAGCGUUACUCAGUUCUUGGAUGUAGAGACUGAGGGGCCGAUUCUAGCAGCUUUUUUGCUUACGCAGAUCAACCACUGGGACACUGACAAGGAACGUUUGGUGCUCCUAACGGCCAAAAGUCUAUUAGUGAUCAAAUAUGAUUUCAUAGCACUAAAAAGGAUGGGGUGUCGGAAAAUACCACUGACUGAAAUUGAUGGUGUAGUCGUUGGAAAUUUGAUAUAUCCUAGUGGAUCGCUGAUACCCAAAAUCAACACACUCGCUAACGGUGUGUCCAGUAUAAUGGAAAGCUGCUUUUUCAAGCGACGCUAUAAAAACGACGAAUCAGACCAAGACAAUCUGUAUCAAAAUAGGGACCGCAACAUGAAAGGUAUACGCUUGUUACUCAGACAGGACAAGCCAGAGACUUUGGCUUCCAAAUGGAAUCCCUUCAACGAUGAUGUUCCUUACUUGACUUUCACAUUUCACCCACUGUUUUUCCACAAAGAUUGCACGGAUGAAAAACUUCGAAGCCUGUACAAUCUCGACCUAUUCGUCGACCAUAUCUGCACUGCAGUGACGAAAAGCAAAGAGAACAGCGUCAUUUUGCAGCACAACAUCCUAUUGGAGAACUACGUUGGCAUCGGGUCCAUUAUACACAAUAGGCACUCCCUUGGGUUCUUCAAAGUCCGGGGGAAGUUUAGCUUCUAAACGAAUGCACACAUAUAAAACAAUACAACAGAAUAUGAUGCAGAGAAGUAUUUUUUGAUGUGAUAUUUAUUAAAUGGUAGUCAAUUAUGGAUGUAAAUGUCGUGUUAUGCCAAACUAACGCUUAUUUCAGAACUGUUCAGUAUAGUGACGUCUUCAGGAUGGAAGUACAGGGUUCUUUAAUAGAUGGGGUUUUGAUCGAUUAGUAUUGUAUGAGCAUACAAACGAUCAGAGGUGUUCGUCGCAAAGACUAUCAUUUAAAUAUAUUCGAGUUCAAAAACGACCACAAAUGUGAAAAAUGCAAAGGCAUAAAUCAUGUAUAUUCCAAUACGUAGAUACCAUAUCCUACAGCUCAUAUAUUUUUUAAUUAAUAAUUCAGUUCCUAUAAGCAAGUGAAAGGAUCAGGAUGCGUCCAUAACAGCGCUUUUUGGCCCUGGAAGUUACUCAAAUUUUCUUCUUAUUUCAGAAACUUGAUUGUUCUUUAAAAGCCAAAUGUUGCAUUUUUGUCCAAAUUUUGGCCCAAAGCGUGCUACUGCGCUGACAACAAAAAUUAAAGUCAAUUUUUCCAUUAUGAAUAAUAUUAUUUAUUUGUUUCAAUGUAACGGCGCAGCUUUUUCACUUUUAUAUACAUUUUGUGUCUCAGUGUGUUUUGUUAUGUAUUUGUCGUGGAUAGCGUUGUGACCUUUUUGUAGACCCUGGAUUUUAGGUGAGAGAGCACGCUGUAGAUUUAUGUCACAUCCACCAUUAUUUAAAUCCACGAAGUAUAUUUAGGCAAAGUUUCCCCAGAGCCAUCUGAGUAUCUAUUAGCUUUUAUUUACUCUUUAUGAAUAAUCUGAUCUAAUUUCUUAUGAUAAUAAUCGCCUAUAUUCAGAAAAUUGGCAGGAUAAUUCUAGAUAGAAAGUAAGUAACUAAUAAUACACAAUGUUCAUAUAAACAUGGCACCUAUAAUAUUACUUGUCGAGACACAGGGUGCUGAAGCUAUAGUCUCGAAAUGAAAAUACUUAUGUAGGGUGAAUGGACCAUGGAAGGACACCGUAACAAAUAAAUAAUGACGUUUCUUUUUUUUUACUGGAUGAGAUUUACAAAUUAUUAGGUAACAACGUUGUACCAUUAUGUAACUUACUAAAAACAUUUAUUGUGUUCUAGAGUUAAUCAAUUUCUGAUUUACGUAGCCAUACAGGGUAUAACCAACUUGAAGCUUUUUAAAGCAAAUGUUAAGCAUAUUUUGUUAAUCUAUAACGUGUCGGAAUAUUUUGACACUGUAUGCGUAUUUCGUCGGGCGUGAUUAUCUAUUAUAUGAUGGGUAUAUUUAUAUUUAGUGAAUUUAAGAUUUAUUAAGCUCUUCGAAUCGGCCUUGCAGGGAUAUAAUAAGUCAGUCACUUAACUUAAAAUUAAUUUUAUGAUCUGCUUAUCCCAUCUACAUGAAAAGGUCUUUCCUUAAAAUGAAACCAAACAUGGAAAUUGGCUGACAAUUUACUAGUGCCGUCAAAAAUACAAAACAUGAUUCGAAGUGUAUAGCAAACAAUAUAACUUAGGUUGGUUAACCGUUUCAAGUUUAGGCAGUCGCAGGUAACAGCCAAUACAAAACAAAACUUCUGUACUGCAGGACGCGCUAUUGCUGGCUCAACAUCACAGUAUAGACUUAGGUAGUUAAGGAUAAGCACAGCCUUCCUCGGGUCUCAGUUAGUAAAUGUAUCCAUUUUUACGACUCUCUGAUGAGAAAUAAGGGAAUUAAACCGACCAAAAUGACGAUAGAAUUUUGUAAGAUCCUGUGAAUAUGGAGGUAGGACAAUUUAAGAACCGGCGCAAUAUAUAUGACCUUUCCUUAACUAAGCGCAAAGUAUCAACAUUUUCCUGAUCCUUGAAUCUUCCUAAUUAGCCCCUUGGAUCCUAGCAAUUCCUUGAUCAGCGUUACAAGCUUUUCUAGGAACACUACAGCUGUUUUGAAUAAAAUGGAAACUUUUUUUUCUUUAGAACCAUAAGGAACAUUUAUAUGUCAAUUCAGAGUCAACAAAUUUAAAGAAAGACUUACAAAUUUGGGCUUUGCUGUGAGCACGUAUUAUAAUUUCAACAUCGAUGACCAAUGUUAUGGAGGGACCUCGUUGACAAAAUAACGACGGGAACAACGAGCAGCCGCGUCUCUGUUAUUUAGUUAGGUGUGUGUUAGUGUGAGGAAGGGACUUGUGAUGGUACGAUAAUAACAACGAUUUCUUAAUAAUUUCCCUUAAAAAGUACAUGGGCUUGACCAAAAAGAGCGUGAUUUGAAUUAUUGACUUCCAACAAUGUACAUGCCGUGGUCAUAUGGCCGCUUUACAUAAAAUAUUCAACUCAAUUUACCAUAUCGUUAAAUCGUCAACGUUUAACGAUUUCUUUAUCCAAGAUUGACCAUAUUGUACAGUAUAAGGGAAGGAAGAAUAUAUUACCAACUCGUUUAUUGUUCUUCAAGUACAACAACCAUUUUCAUUAAGACUAGUAACUUCAGGAAAUUAAAACAAAAUAAUUAUAUUGAAACACUUUUAAAUUGCACGUGUCACAAAUUUUUGAAUAUAUCAGAUAUCAUAAAUUGUUACCUCGCUUGCUCACGCUCCUCUUCUUUAUUUGACGUAUUGCCUAAAAGUGAGUUUUACAUACGUAGAACAAUAUUUAUGGAUAGUAGACAGAUUCAACAGACAAAUAUAUUUUAUCUGACACACGACUUUGACUUCAAAUAAAGGAAUGAUAAUGUAAGGUAAGAUUGAAAUACCGUCCUGUAAAAUCGGUUCUGAAGUCCACAGCUUUUUAAUGUUUUGAUCGAGACUUACGUGAACCACAUAAUACUAGAGAUCUCGAGCCCCUUUUUGUCGUAAAAUUACCUCUUUCUUCCUCGAUUGGCAAGGUAUAAUUAAAAUAUUCACUUCGAAAAACAGCUUUGUUAUAAACGACCGCCGUGUUGAAAUUUAAACAAAGAACUCCCCCUGCCUUUUUCGCUAAUAAUGUAAUUAUUUUACGAUCUGAUCAAACAUCAUUGACCAUUUUAUGAAGUAGCCGCCCAUUUAGCCGAUCCUAUCCUUAAACGACUUGUUAUAUGUGGUCAACGCAAAUCAUGGCCCAAUGUUCAUUUCAUGAAAUGGUCAAUUAUGAGGCCAGCAUCACCAGUUCAAACUUUUGUAGCUCAAGCUAUACCAUUGCCGGAGAAACUAGUAAACUUUGACACUUGCAGAAGAAAAAAUAUAAUUAUUUCCUACGCUACUGUCUCUAGUGCAUUUUUGAAUUAAAUGUUCAGUCUUACAUGAAUAGUCUCUCUUGAGAACUUUUGGUCGAAUUAAUCCUUUUGAGAAAGAAAUCCGUUUAAGAAACGUUAACACUAUUAAAAUACGAUGAAGUUAGUAAAGAUCAACUUUGAAAAUUGCCUCGACACGUUGCAACUGGAAUGGUAUUUAUGUUUUUGACCUCACUGAGUCUCAUUAGCGCUAUAGAAAUUUGCAUAAUGUAUCACGGUAACGGUACAUUUUAGGAUCUUUGUGUAUAGGAACUUCUUAUGUAACUUAUGGAUGUUCUUUCUGCUCUAGCAAUACUGUCACUGCUUUUCGAAUCACACUGUAUUAAUUGAUAGUACUUAAUAAAUAACUAAAUACUAGUAGAGCUUCAGAUGAAUAAGUAGUUUAUGAUCCCUCGAAGGUUUUACAGAAUAUGGCUAGAAUUAAGUACGCUGUGAAAGGAUUUAUAUUUAGAAUUUGGUAUUAUACCUAAUACAAACACGGACUCUAAGACUCAACCUAUCUUGUCAUUACUGUUCUUAAAAAGAACAUUAUUUUAACAGUAACAAUCAGAAUCUCGUUCAUAUUUUAUACUGUAUAUUGAAUUUUCUACUUUAGGGAAAUAUCUUGCCAAAUUACGUUUAAUAUCUUGACAAUCAAUUUUAUUCAUAUCAAGUCUCAUGUCAUUCAGUGACCCUAGGAAUGGUUGAAAAAGAUUCAUAACGAAAUAUAAUUAUUGUAUAUAUAAUAGUCUGAGAUGUCCCAUUCAAGCAGCCUAGAUGACUUAGUGGAAACGGAAUAUUUUUUAACAUGGGACGGCCUAAAUAUUCGUAUAUUUCCAAUAUGUGUGAUACUUAGGGUGACAGGAACGCGACUAGUGAAUAAGCAACAGAAGGUCGCUAUAUUGACCAGUUCAUUAUUUGUAUACCUAUUUAUAGCUCAAUAUUUUUGUAUUGCAUAUAUUUUACCAACUUUUUGCUAUUUUCAGUAUUGAUCUACAUGCGAUGUUGCCAAAUAUAUAAUAUACAUAUAUUAUACAACCCUACCGAUUAUAUGUGUCCGAAUUAAGGCAAGUUUACAUAUCAUGGUUAUUUUGGCAUAAUAUCUGCUUUUGUACGCAUUCUUUUGUUUAGUAAGUGUUGCACGUAAUACAAGUACAAGAAAUGAUGUGGAGGCACCUUUAUAAUUUGUUCAUUUAUACUUAGCUUACAGUAAAUGUUUAUAUGCUGCC